AUGUUGGAUGAAGGGCUGCAGCCGAGCGCCCAGACCUUCGGUGCGCUGGUCAAUGCUGCCGUGCGUGUGGGAGACCUCUCGCAGGCCAGGACUUGGCUCCAGGAGUCCCGGAAGCAGGGCGUGAAUCCGGGUGUGGUGGCCUACACUACGCUGCUGAAAGGUCUUUGUGAAGCAGGUCAGAUCAAGGAAGCUCAGCAGGCGCUUGACGACAUGCUGAGCUCGGGAUGCCAACCCAACAUCCGAACAGCCAACACGCUACUUCGAGGCUUCCGGCGGGCUGGGGAGGUCGAUGCUUCGCUUGAACUACUGAGGCGAAUGGAAGAUGAGUGGGGCGUCCCUCCUGAUGCGACAAGCUGCGAGUAUGCAGUGGCACUGCUUUGCCAAGGCCUUCGCGUGAAAGCAGCGCGUGCCCUGCUCAAGAGGAGCUCUGCCAAGGCCGCGGGAGCAGGUUCUGCUGAGGGCACUGAAGGUUCUGCCUUCGUGACUUGGGAAGGUGGAAAGGCUGCAGCAUUCCGCAACCGUGCCAGUCUGUGGACAAUGGUGGCUGAAGCUUCCUUGCUGUGCAACGAGCCACGUGUUCGAGCUCGGCGAGCUUUGAAAAGGGCGAGACUGUUGCGUCGGAAGGCUGCGAAGUGGCAGAAGCAGGAGCGACAGACGCGUGAGGCUGGACCAGGAGCUUCCUCGGCCGGCCUUUUCGCAGAAUUCAAAGAGCGUGAGCUCGCUCGGAGAGCUGCUCUCAUAGAGGACCACCUGGAAAGCCACGAUGCGUUGGAAGCGCCAGCGAAGCACAUGACCAGACUCCUCGCGCUUCCCCAAGACAUUCCUGACGAGGCCGGCGCCGUCAGUGGCCAGGCGCUGCUCCUGGAGCUCCAACGCUCCUUUGGGCUGCGUGGCGACCAGCCGACAGCAGAGGCGAAACUAUUGCAGCGAUUGAAUGCCAUAGCUGAUGGGGAAGGGCAGCUCCACCUGGAUGCAGUGUUUCGUGACGUGCUGCCUCUGAAGGUGGAGCUGUGUUCUGGAGAGGGCGAAUGGGUGUGUGCUCAAGCAGCUGCUGACGCUGGGAAAGCCAGCUGGGUCUGCGUGGAAAACAGGCGAGAUCGCGUCUUCCGCACGUUCUCCCGCGCACUUCUCACUGGAGUGUGCAAAAAUCUCUGCGUGGUUGCUGCGGACGCGGCUGUCUUUCUGCGCAUGCUUGCACCUGGCUCCGUGGCGUACAUGUAUGUCAACUUCCCGGAGCCACCUGUUCGCCGCGGCUUGGGCGAUGGCGAGAUAGAAGGAUCUGGUGCAGCGCUUGGGGCAGACGCGGCCGCCCCCCAUCUUCUCACUGCUGAGACUUUUCGCUCAGUGCGUCGAGUGCUGUCCUCUGACGGCAUGCUUCUGAUUCAUUCAGACAACGUGACUUACUUGCGGCAGCUUGCAGCAUCCCUGGAUGCUGUUGGCGGCUUUGCGAAUGUGAGUGACCCCGGCCCUGGUAUUGUCCGAGAUGGUCUCCGGCUUAGCGCCGCGCAGCACAAGCACAUCAUCAUGCACUGUCGACACUGCUCCAAGGCACCAGCGGCUCGAGUCGGAAUGGAAUAG